AUGACGUUGAAGGCUACAAUACUAAUACUUCCUAUUACAUUUUUUUUUGUAAUACAGUCUUUUAAAAAUGGUGAAGUUAGUUUGGAGUUUAUUACAAUAAUUAUCGGGACUAUAUCAAUAAAUGGCAUUCCUUGCUACUACAGCGACUUAUUAAUGGAGACGGGUGAAAGUGUGCGCUUAGCUAUCUACUCAUCUAAAUGGGAAAUGUACUGGGACAAACGAGUGCGUUCAAUAAUUCUUGUGGCACUAGUCCGCACAGAGAGACCUGUCGCAGUUCGCUCUAUGUUCCGACCUUUAUGUCUUGACGCACUUACUGAUGUUUUUCACCAAUCUUACGCGUUAUUUAACUUAAUGAAUGCUGCGUGGAAUUAA